AUGGCAUUGAAUGCUAUUAUUUUACCAAGCAAACAAUCAAUGCCAGUCUUAGGAUUAGGCACAUGGCAGGCAAAACCGGAAAUUGUAGAACAAGCCGUUGGUUGGGCUUUUUCAAUCGGCUACCGUUUAAUUGAUACGGCUUAUAAUUAUGGAAAUGAAAAAGCAAUUGGAAAUGCCAUAACAGAAUGGAUAAAACAGGGUGGAAAACGUGAAGAACUUUUUAUAACAACCAAAUUGCCAAAUUUUGGAAAUAGACCAUCCGAAGUGGAAAAAUAUUUAACUGAAUCCCUUCGAAAUCUCAAAUUAGAUUACGUUGAUUUAUAUUUAGUUCAUCAUCCCUUUGGAUUUUUUUAUCCUCCCUCUGGAACGGAUCCACCUGCGUUAGAUGAAGAAACGGAUCAUUUGGCUGUUUGGAAAGAAAUGGAAAAGGCUGUUCGUUCUGGACUAGCUAAAAAUAUCGGUUUAUCUAAUUUCAAUAAGGCACAAGUUGAAAAAAUAGUUUCGAAUGCUGAGAUUUUACCAGCCAAUCUCCAAGUGGAAUUACACGCUUUUCUCCAGCAACCCGAUUUAGUAGACACGUGUAAAAAAUUAGGGAUAUCCGUGACGGCUUAUGCCCCUCUGGGAUCACCAGCUGCCAAAGAUCACUUUAAAGCCAAGUACGAUUUUAAACCUAACGAAGUACCUGAUCCUCUCAACGAACCAAAAGUAUUGUCAAUCGCUACAAAAUUAAAUAAAACUCCAGCUCAAAUUUUACUUAGAUUUCUUAUUCAAAAAGGAAUUGCUGUCGUGCCUAAAAGUUCAUCGAAAGAUCGGAUAAAAGAAAAUUUCGAAGCUUUGAAUUUUGAAUUAAGCGAAGACAAUAUGUCGGAUUUAAGUUCUUUGGAUCGCGGUGAAAAUGGAAGAUUAUUUAAUUUUUUGUUUUACAAAGGAGUCGAAAAACAUCCCGAAUAUCCAUUCGAAUUGAAAACGAAUUAA